GAAUUGCUGCAGAUUUUGUCUUGAAAGUGUUAUACAUUAGGAACUUGCAGACACAAGUUCUUGUAUUUGUGAGUUUGGCCCUCUUUCGAAGGCAUUUCUAAGAUCUCAAUUUGUGACUUUCAACAUUUCAAAAAUAACAGUUCUGACUAUUCAUUUAUGGUCUCCAUAAAUGAAGCAGUACAACAUAGAUUCAGUAAAAUGAUUUUUGGACUGAUGGCUGUGUUUACAUUUAAUGAGCGUAUAAUUGCUGGAGUUGAGAAGAAUGAAAAUUGUUAAGAGUCGGAGUGCAUUGUAUAGGGCAAAUAUUAUGAAGCUGCUUCCCUCAGUGAUUUUAUUUUGGGAUGAAAGAUUGGGCAAAUAUGACUGAGGGUUGUAAGUCUGGAAUUUUCUACCUCUAGAGAGCUGUCCAUUCUUAAUAAUUGAACGUAUUUAAGUCCGAAAUUAAAAAAAAUGUUUUGGAUAUUAAAGUAGUUGUGCAUGUGUGCAGAAAAUGGAUGGCAUGGAAUCAGUCAUGAUCUAAUUGGAUGGAUGAACAGGUUUGGGGAGCUAUAAUGUCUACUGUAAUCAUGGUGUAUUAUCUGAUCUAAAUAAUCCUUACUGUAAUUCACCUAGAGUGGUUGAAGAGGGUUAAUGCUUUUAAAUAUAUGGUGGAAUACUUGACUGUAGGUUGCAGCUUGUAUUCCGAGAGAGAGAGAGAGAGAGAGAGAGAGAGAGAGAGAGACAGAGACAAACCCAGGUUUGUCUCAGGUUGAUGUAUAUUAAGACAAUGACUGAUGCUGUUGAAAUGUGUCUACCAAUUGAUAAGCGAGACCAGCUCAGACUCGUCUUAUAGUGAUGUAUAUUGCCUGCAUCUUGUGACCAUGACUAACAUUUUUGGAUUGUGAUUAAGUGACACACACAGUAUAAAACAGCGUGUGAAUCUUUGUUCAUUGAAGUGGUGGCGCAGGAAAGUCAAGUGUCUGUUGCUUACUUGACUGGUGUAUCCCCGUCACUUCCGCCGACUGAUGAUCAGUAAAGCUUGAGUUGGUUUACCUAACGUUUUUGUGAGUUGUCUUUUUUUAAGUAGUGACCCUUAUCAUUGGCAUAUGGUCGGCAGGACCUCGCUGGGACCGUCAACGGAAGACUGUGUAAGAGGCUGCAGAGUGACCGGGAUCGGACUUGGGAGAAAACUGAGGACCCUUUGAGACCGAACUCCCGUAGAAACUCCUGGGAACAUCUGUGGUCCUUCAUCAGAGAUUGAUUUGGUUCCCAGCCGAGGUCCUUAAUACAGACACAAAUGUGGUGAUGUUGGUGUUGGCUUGGAAAUUGGAUGCCCAGAGUAUGGGUUACUUCAGUCUACAAGAAUGGUUGAAAGGAAUGACCUUAUUACAAUGCGACACAACUGAAAAACUGAGAAACUCACUAGAUUAUUUGAGGUCAUUGUUGAAUGAACCCACAAAUUUUAAACUUGUAUACAGAUAUGCAUUUGAUUUUGCACGGGAAAAGGAUCAACGUAGUUUGGAAAUUAGCACUGCUAAAUGCAUGUUGGGACUACUCUUAGGAAAAACAUGGCCGCUUUUCCCAGCCUUUCAUCAGUUCCUUGAGCAAUCCAAGUAUAAAGUGAUCAACAAGGACCAGUGGUGCAAUGUGCUUGAAUUUAGCAGAACAAUUAAUCUUGAUCUUAGCAACUAUGAUGAAGAUGGGGCUUGGCCAGUCUUAUUGGAUGAAUUUGUGGAAUGGUUUAAAGACAGACAGAUGUCCUAGCACUUUACAUUCGGGAACAACAUCCAUAUUCAAAAUUAGCCAUAAAAGACCUAAGAAAACAGAUUUGAAAUGUGUUUUUGUUUUUGUUUUAUCCUCUCCCAAAAAAAACUGACUUGCUGUAAGCAUUAAAUAUCUACAAGCACUAAAUCCAGUAUCAAAAUUUCUUCUGAGCCUGUUUUGCGUUUUGUAAUGGAACUAUAAUAAUGGAACAGCAGACCACACUGUGAUAGCUUGCUGUUGACUUUGUGAAUUGUGUUGUAAGUUGUAUUAUGCUGAGAAUUUUUUUCCAGAAAGAUAAUGAAUUCCAAUGAAAAUUGUAUUAAAUGAUUGUCUUAAAUGAAAAUUUGUUGAAAAGACUUCUUAACGAAACCAGUAUGUGUAUGCAUUUAGAACUGUUCUGUAUAGCUUAACGGAUGAAGCUCAAGACUAGAUUUAUUUUUUAGAGUAUAAAUUGUUGAACCAUGGAAUAGCUAAAUUUUGAUUCAAUGCACCAAGCCGUGAUCUGUUGAUUAAUGCAUCAUAAUCGGCUCUUUAAGCCAGAAUUCUUGCCUUGCGUUUCCUGUCUGAUAGGCCAGGCUGCUUUUCUUUUGUGUUCUAUUUUGUAUAACUAGCAGCAAAAAUUAAAUUGAACACAGAAGCUUGACGGUGUUACCAAAUUUGCACGUUUUUUAAAAAGGUUAUUAGAAUGUGUUGAUGUCAGAUAUACAGUCCAACUUGUAUUCUGAUGUGCUCACUUCAGAAUCAUGUGAAUUGAUCUUUUGUUUUCACCCAUUUAGUGUUGUUCAUUGAAGAGAAAAGUACUGACUUGGUCUUUAUCUAAUGUUAAUGUAGCGUUGCGGUUCGGCAGCACUGAUGUAAUUUGGCUUUUAUUUGGACAUUGGAUUAAGAUUAAUGUUAAUUGUAACAUGAUAGUGCCAUUAAAGCUACUUUUUGACCAUGGCAGCAAAUUGUGCAUCUAAAGCAGGUGAUUUUCCAGUAUUGCAUUUUUUCUGUUGCCUUAGACAACUUCUACCAAAGUAAUAAAAUCUAGUGACCUUAAA